UUUUAUUGUAUUUAAAUGCUCCGAGUAUUUAUUUUUAAUUGGUAUUUAUUUUCAAACUUUCAGAUCAAGGAUGUCACGCGCAAUAUCAAAAAGGCCGUAGUCGCUGGCACGCUUGAGGAGUUGCGCUCGAAGGUGGCUGAAAAAUUCGAGCAUGUCGAUGACCAGCUGCCAACCAUACAUUUGGACUCCGAUGGCACUGAAAUUGAUGAUGAGGAAUAUUUUCGUACGCUCGAUGAAAAUACGGAAUUAAUUGCGGUAUUUCCAGGCGAACAUUGGAUUGAUCCCACAAACUAUGUUUGUCAUCGUGGCAGCAAUAGCGGCAUUGUUGGUGGUGGUGGCAAUGGUGUAGGCGUUGGUGGUGGUGGUGGUGGUGUUGAGCAGCCUGGCGAUACCACGGAUGCUGCGGCUGAGACGGCGCGUAUCAAACAAUUGGUCGGACAACUACAGAACAACCUGUGCAAUGUGUCGGUUUUGAGUGAUCCGGACUUGGAUUCUUUGUCGAAUAUGGAUCCCAAUUCUUUAGUGGAUAUAACGGGCAAGGACUUCAUGGAGCAAUUGAAGGAUUCAGGCAGACCAUUGUGUGCAAAGCGAAACGCUGAGGACCGAAUUAACCUGUUAAAGCUGUUACGCGAGGGCGCCAUUUUCUGCUCCGAACGUUAUCCGGAAGAUGCGGAGGCCAUUGAUAUGGAGAUCAGUCGACAAUUGAAUAUGGAUGUAGCGCAAACAACAACAACAAUUACAACAAACACAAAUACAACAACAACUAUAACAGCAAACACAACUACAGUAAAUAUUGGUGGUGUACUGACAUCUCAGCAACAACAACAACAACAGACUAUUACAACAAACAAGACAAUCGAACAAGUGCAAAGUGUAGCGGCGGCGGCAGUAGCGGCAGCAGCAGCAGCACAACGCAUGGCGGCAAUGGAGGCACAAAUGACCUCCGUCGAUGUGGUGACUAUCGUCGAGACACACGCGGCGGCAACAGCAAACACACACAAUAAUAAUCAGCAAAAGACGAUGACAGCUGGUGGCAACAAUAAUAACAAAACGAACGAUAUUUGACUACCGAUUUUCAGUAGUAUAACUUGAAAUUUGGAGAGCAUCUGCAAGGAGAAGGGUUAAGUGUACGAACGGCAUGGUAGAGGAAGGCGAACGGUUGCAGCUUUUAUUGUGGCUGAUGAAUUGAUAACGGUAAAUCAAUAUGUAUUGUAUGUAAUUGACAGUUAACGUACGGCUUAUGUGUAUGCGAAGAUACUACAAUAAAAAAUUGAAAUUAGUUUUA